AUGGCUCCUGCAAAAAAGGGCCAGGAGGAGGGCCAUUCUGCCAUCAACGAGGUGGUAAUGUGGAGUACACCAUCAGCAUUCACAAGCACAUCAAUGGAGUGGGUUCCGCGGGUGCUCAGAGAUCUGGAAGCUUCCAUGAAAAAGAUGGGGACUCCAGAUGCAUGCAUUAAUACCAGGCUCAACAAAGCUGUCUGGGUCAAAGGAAGAAGGAACAUCCCAUACUGCAUCCACCUGAGAUUGUCCAGAAAACAUGAGGAUGAAGAUCUGCCAAACAAGCUCUAUACUCUGGUUAUCUAUGCGCCUGCCACCAUGUUAAAAAUCUAUAGUCAGUGUAGACGAGAAGUAAAGUUGUAA